AAUCAAAAACCAAUAAAAAAACUGUUGUUGAUGAUCUGUUUGAGUACUGCAGUUUUUCUCAUUGAUUUCUGGGCUGAAACUAAGUCAAUAUUGGUUGUUGUGCUAAAGUUCCGUUUCUUUCAGGAAGAACUCAUCGAGCUCGUAGAAUUCAAGUCUCCCAUCCGAGAAAAAUCCAAAAAAAGUAAUAAAGUGGCUCUAUCGAACUCUAUCACUUCUUUAAGUACGGCUGUCAGCGAAGAAGAGAGCAUAAUCAACAUAUUUUCAGUGACCCCUAGAAACAGAUCCAAGAGUAAAGAUGCAGAGUCUGACAUACACACGGUUUCCGAAAUAUCAGACGAAGUUCUCGUUGUGAAAUCAGAACCAGUACGAGCGGGUACUAGAGAAAAUGAUUCUAGAAGAACUUACAGAGAGAAAAUUUCGGAGCACCUCAAAAAAAUCAAAGAAAAGGCCAGCACUCCUUCUUCCAGUGCAGGUCAGAGAACUAGCAGGAGUAAAGCUCCCGUUGAUAGAGUGAGAAGAGAAAGCGAGAAUUUAGACGCUGAAGUUGAAAACGUCAGAACUAAAUUCAGAUUGAACGGAAACAAUGAAGGCAGAAGGAAUUUUUUUAGCUUCGUAGAGGAGCAUCGCCAGUUUGACAAUAACAUAAAUGGACAAGACCGGGACACGAAAGAGAAAACUUUUGUUUAUGCACUGCCUGAAAAAAUGGAUUUCAAUGUGACUUCAUCACAAAAUGAAUGUCUUUUUGUGCCAGACAGAUCAGCGUUGGAAACGGACAAAAAAAUUGGAGAAACACAAACGACUCCGACAGAAGAAUUUAUGCAGGGGGAGCUCAAGAAAAUCAAGUUGGGUGACAGGAAUUUGUUAGAGAAGAGAUUAUAUUCAGGAGAAGACAAGAGAUGGUUCGACAGUUCCGGCAACUUGGCAUUCUUGAAAAACCCAGUCACAACCACAUCUUUCAAGCCGAACAUAACCACACCAGAACGCCAUCUGACGAGCUACAAACCCGCUACCACAGAAGAAGAAUGCACAGAAAUUGUGAUCGUAGAACACAAAAUUCUAAACAUUCAUUUGUCGCAACUGAAAUUCACGCACCACCCGUUGUUCAGCAUAGAACACGUAUUCGCAGAGAAACUGAAAACGCUCUUGGAAACCCACUAUAACCAAGAAAAAGCAACGUGCAGACUAGCGACUCACCUGGCCGAGCUCAGAACCCGAAGGAAACAAAUGAAUCACGGCGACUCAGACCAAAAACUCGAUAAAGACAUUAAAAAGACGCGAGAGAAAUACUUCGAAGAGAGCCUAAAGCAGCGGGACGAUUUGAAACGGAUUUUGGAAACUUGGCGGGCGAUUAAAACGCUCAGGGAUAAACAGGGAUUCUCUAGCACGAAUGUCAAGUUGGUGAUAAAGAAGGAAAAGGUGGAUUCUGACGCUGAAAACGAAGCGACCAGUACGAUGCUCGAAGAUACGUUUCAAGAGUUGAAGAUUAGAGUGUCAGGCAUUCGUCCUAAUGCGUACUGUUUCAGGGAACGCGAAGAUGAAGACAGGAUUAAACAGGAACUGAUUGAAAAAAUGAAAAAAACGUUCAAACCACCGAGAGAACCAAUCCUGAAAUUCCUACUUUCCCAAGACCACCCCAUCACCGAAACAGUUGAUCAGACCAAAGAGAAUACCAGACGAAACGUCGUGUCUUCCACCAAGUUCUACCUGAGGAUACUGUGCAAAGACAUCGAGGCUUGCAAAACAAAGUUCAUCGGUCCGAACGAAAAUUUCUCGUUAGACAUCGACGAGACAUUUUCGUUGCUACUCACCGAUAUUCCGAAAUAUCUGACGGUGGAAGUUUUCGAGCAGCCCAAGUCAUUACUGAAGAAGAAAGUUUGUAAGUUGGUCGUGGACGUUCCGGGAAGCAAAUCUAGUAGGAAGUUGCAUAGGAGGGAGUUCGAGAUGGACGAUAUCGUGCAUUAUAAACAUGGGGGUGUAGGCAGUGGUGUGGAUCUGAAAACUCUAUCGGAAAAAGCCAGUAUAAGUUUAUCAAAUAUCCCCGACACUGAACUGAAAACCUCUGGCUAUUUGGAGUAUUCCGCAGAAUGGGAAAAAUCUCCCAGUAAAGAAGACGUCGUACUACCUAGUCAAUUCGAUCUUCUGAAAGAAAUUAUCGAUAAAAACUGCUGUAUAAACAAAAAUAAAUUGAACGAGUUCAUAAAAAGUUCGAACUUGGAAGAGUCCUUUUUUGCUGGAGAAGAGUUUGUUCCAAAUGGAGAUAAUAAAUGCUUCAGGUAAUUCUGUAAACAGUCUUAUUCAUUUCACAUUUUAGAUACCUCCUUCAUUGUUUUUGCUGAAACAAAGAGAUCUGAGGAGAGACAAGAAUUCUGUAGGCAACCUUGUCAAGUUAUAGAAUUAUCUUCGCAGUGGCCUCAAAACGGGACCUUGUGGUUGAAUCCCCACCAGAAAUCCUUGAAUUUCUGCAACAUUACCGAGGUGGAGCAGAACAUCAGAUUGAAAAUCUUGUGGCUGCGCGACCAGAAAGAGAUAGAAUUCGACGGCAUGCUGAUACCGAACAGGAUAAAGGAAAUACCGUUCAGCGUACUCUCCGAAUACAGAAGAAGAAAAACUAUCGAGGAGAAGGCCGAAUCCUUCGAGGACGAACUCGAGGACAACGUCGAAGCUCAAAGGAGUUCUGGAAGGAAAUACCUAAGACGAGUCUAUCUGAGGACUUUUCAGCUUUGCAAAAAUACCGAUAACAAUCUGGAUUACGAAAGUGUCGUCAAUGAAAAGUACCUCGUUUAUUUCCACCUGUUGGUACGAACUAUACUCCGCAACUUCCUGAACUGGUUUCGAUGGAGACCAAAAAUCAACAAGCCUCUACCAGUCAGAGAAAAAAAAUCCGAAGAUGAAACAGCUGAAGACACUUCAAGAGCGAAAAGCAAUGCUUACAUAUCGGUCAAAAUACUCGGCGGAAAAAAUAUACCGAGUCGGUUGAAAAAUACGUUCAACGAAGAGGAAUCUGAAGAAAACGAGGUACGCCCGUACGUGAGGAUAACUUACAAAAACUUGACAGCUAGGACCAGUUCGAGUAAAGGGGUGAAUCCGCUGUGGGGCGAAAUUCUGACUGUUCCUCUAGAAGCACCAAAUACCGACUACCUGAAUCCAAAUUCGCUAGAUGGCAGCAUCGCCGUUGACGUGUUUGACGAGAGCGAAAUAGAAAUCAAGAAACUCAACAGAAAAUGUACGAAUUGGUUAGGCGGGCUCGAAAUUUCAGUAUCAGCAAUUUGUUGUUCUGAAAGUAUGAAUGGAUUUUUUAGAGUGAAACUCCCCUACAUGUUGUUUGGGUAUGAAACAGAAGAGGAUAAGCAGAAAACAAAAUCACCAAAGGUCAGCACUCUCCAGUCCUGCCAUCACACUUAUUUACAAAUGGAAAUUUCAGUACAGCCGAAUGUCCCGAAGCUAAAUCCCAACAUGGAGGAGCUUCCUUGCGGAGACGUCCCCUACAUCCAGGAACACAUCUUCAAAUGGGCCGCCGCUUUCAAAGCUAGUCACCCCGACAGGAGGUUUAGCCCCUUGGCCUUGGACACGAACGGCAAAACCACCUGCGUGACAAGGUUCAUCAAAGCGUCGGAGCCUCCGCAAAUCAACACUGAAGAGUUCGACGUUUCGGCCGAGCAGUGUCUCAGAUACGUUUCGAUGAUCCCCUUUACGGACUGCAACCAGUUUUACAACUGCUUCUGGUUGUCUACCGACAAACUGAUUAACCUGAUGCUGGGAUCUGUAACGGAUCAUGCUAUAGCUUUAACGUGCUAUCUGCUGGCGUUGAAAAUGGAAGUGUGGCUCUUGCUGGGAUAUGGAAUACCGCAUGGUAAUACGGCUUAUGUUUUGGUGCAAGAACACAACACUAAUACUGAAGUGCCCAGUUAUUACAUCCUCGACGUGGUUUACAAUGAAAAAUACAACGUAACGGAUGAAUACUGUCCACUGCAGAAAAUAUUCUGUGUUAUCAAUGGAGCUAACGUCUGGGGUAACACUCAAAAAUCUGAUGUCGUAAGUCUAACCAGGUUUGAUCUGAGUAGACGUUCGGACUGGUUACCCUUAUUUAAUGAUGAUUUACCAGCCCCGACAAAUUUCAUAUCGAACAAGGUGAGGUACAGAGAGACCAGUGACAUCGAGAUGAUGGGGAUGCAUAUGGAAAGGCAACUGAAAAGACAGAUUUCCAAACUCCGACAACUAGACAGGACCGUUUGGAAUACUGGGCUGUCGAGUGUUCUCGCAAAUGCUUUACAGUCGUUCGAAAUAAGUUCUAUGUAUAGUAAGAAUCGUUUUGAAGCCACCAUGGAUCUGAUCAAUGAAAUUUCUCCGUAUACAGUUCGCGGUUAUGCUUUGAAUGUACCUUUCGUGAACAUUUCGAGUGUUGUGAAGAGGUUUAAAAGUUUGGGAAUUCAUGUUCAACAAGAAGAAGAUAUUGAAUUUGCAGCAGCUGUUCACCUUCAUUCUUACCCAGGACUGUUGUUGUCUGUAUGGGUUUUUUUACUUAAUAUUAAGAAUUAGAAAUAAAAAAGUGUCUCAAGA